AUGAUUUCCAACCGUCUUGGACGCUUGGGUCGUCUAUGCCUGCUUCGGUCUGCAUGUCGGAUCGGUGAGUCAGUUCGGGGAUUUUUUGACUUCGGCCUCGCGACUCUUCCCUGCCUACGCUGUAGUAUGGCCCUCGUACUCGAGGAACGUCUCCUUCUGAUACCACGUUCCUCUUGUAAUUUCUUAACUGAUUCUGAAAAAAGUUUGGUAUUGUUGCCUCAUCUGAUGGAGAAUGGUUACUUACCAAUAUUUCUCAGCUCUCAGCUGCAACCAAAGGGUAAGCGCAAACUGACUAGGUGA